AGCGUCAAACGGAAGGAGGAUGAGCAGAGACGGCGACGCAAGAGUAAGGCCCAGUUCUUCGAGAUGAUCCAGGAAAUACGAAGGGUGCAGCUGGAUCCGGAUGCGGAUGCGUCGCUGUCGGCGACCUCGGAGAGCACCUCGCAGGCACUCCUACCGGAUGCACCAAUAGCAGUUAAUGGCGGCGGGAGCGGCGGUCGUGCUACUUCCACCAGUGCUAGUACAAGUCGACGAGCUAGUCCGGGUCGGCUGCGGACCUUUGGUUUCGGUAGGCGAACGGAGGGUGCCGCUAGCAAGAGUUCAUCCUUCGGUUCCUCGCUAAACGUUCGGCGCUUCAGCACGGAUAGCAUCAUAAGCGAGCGGUUAGGUACGAUCGGACGCCGAUUAAGCCGGGAUGCGGCCACCAGCUCACCGCCUGAUCUGUCGCAUCACUUUGAAACGUUCGGUAAGGGCGGAGGUGACGGUGGUGGAGGUGCUGGUACGUCCUCGUCCAAGUUCGAUACGUACUCAGGGAAGAACAACAGCAAGGAGCAGAUCGCGGUGUUCAAGUGCGACACGUAUAAUGGAAAGCUCGAGACGAGCGGGACACCCGGUACGGAUACGGUCGAUGGUAAGAUUAAACCAGACGAAGAGAAACCGGCGCUGCCGGUUAAGACGAAAAAACGAUCGCGACGAUCACCGCUCAACCUGGAACUGUACGAGUCGAGUCGCCGGCGGCUCAUCCCGAUCAGUGAGCGGGUGGCACACGGUCUCGCACCGCCCUUCCUCGAGGCCGACAAUGGUAGUGCCCUGUUGCGUGACAAGCUGCACGAGGAGCUGCGGCUCAAGUACGGUCAGACGCGAUGGAAAUCGGCAUCGCAAUCGAACGACACCGCGGCGAGCAGUGGUGGAGCAAUGCAGGGUAGGGCACCGAUGCCCGUACCCAGCGGAGAGACAAAUGGUACUGUUGAGCAGCGUCCCGGUUCUAGCCGUCGCCAGCCGUCGACGUCCAGUCGACGAAAGUAACCGACGUGCCCCAGGGAUGAUGCUGCUGCUGCUACUAAGCGUGGGCAAUCGUAACGCGAGACGCGAAACAAAAAAAAAACACCAAACCAAAUUCCUCCGCAGUGACCACCGGUUUCUCCAAGAGAUCGGCCGAGGACAACGGAGCGCUAAUGACAAAACGAAGAUCCUAGAUUACUAGGGCAAGCAACUUGCCAAAGGAUAAUAGCGAGCUAGCAGCCGAUGGAGCGAACAGUGUAAGGUAGCUUCUAUCUUCUAGUCCAUCCACCGUAGCCAGUGUGCGUGCAUGCCUACACCGGUGGCAAGCAUGGUGCACGCCAGCUUCUCUAAGCUGGAACCCACCUUCUGGAGUUCUCUUCUGCAGUCUGUACUUACGGGUUUGCCCCAAUUCUUGAAUAUACGAUAUUCAUGGGCAAUAGCUCUGCCACGCUCUCGUCCCGUCUCUUAGCAAAUGGUUAGUUCUAUCAAAUAGAACGCUAAGAUGUGAUGGAUGUGUGUGUUUGCAUGUGUGUGAAUGUAUGUGUGUGCGCGUGUGUGUCUGUGUGUUAGUGUGUGUGUGUGUGCGUAUAUUGCUGACCGGUUUAUAAUUCUGCCCCUUGGAACACCAUUCCACUUUUCAAUGAGCGGUUGCUCCUGCACCUGGUUCAUAUGCUGUCCUCUGGGACGCUUGUUGAGCGUCUAAAAAUAUGAAAUAACAUUACAAAUAUGUGGUCCAAUUUCCAGCGAAAAGAAACAAAGCAAUUGCAAUACUCCUCAACCGUUGAACUGCUAAAACGUCGUUCUACUCACUUCCGAAGAUGACACGACAUGCUAAACCACCAAGUUAUACGUACUAUUGUUGAAACGAAUAAUUGAUCUGAAACCAUCUGUGGCAAAAAGUUACACAGAAAGCAUUGAGAAUUCUUGCAGAACCUGAAUUCCAACACCAUUAUAAUCAUACACAUUGCAGACAAUAUGGAUCUGCAAAUGGUUAUGCCAUUUCGGUUUUGUUUGAAUCGAAGCCUAAUCUACUGUUCAUUUUGAUUAUUGGCUUUCUUCUUUAUAUGGUGACUGAAAUCCAAGAGUUGAGGAUGGAAUGUCCUCCCUUUUUUUUUGUUUGAUAAGAUAGUUUGUCGCCAAAACGGACCUGUGGUGAAACGGGAUGAAUGUCGUACACUAACAUAAAAUCUGAAUGGUCUGAAUACUAGCUCUAUAUAGAAGAAGGAAAGGAAGUAGUGUAAAAGAAAAGAAAGAAAACCCAACUUAAUAUUUAUAAGGGAUAGAAGAAACCAACACGUAGCUUUAUGAGAUGCGGUAAAUGGAAAACAGAUGAGAAGCCAAAAGUCAACUGAAAGGGCAAUAGACUACUAUCGAAACGUGAUUUACUGAAACAACUAGGAAUGUACUACGUCACCGUGUCCGUUUAGAGGAGGUUUGAACUAGAACUAGUUUUUCCUAUAAAUUUGACGUUCUUUAAACCCAAAACCAACCAAACAACAAAAGAACGUAACUAUUAAGAGAAAAUAACAAGAUGGGGAAAAGUGGAUCAUGCAGUUGGUUCUGACAAGCUGCGCUAGCGUUCAAUGUAUAACAGGCGCAAUAGCAGUCUGUAGACACUAUUUUAAACCGAACAUCUUCUGCAGGAAUGAAUCGCAGCAUGUGGUCUAUACGAAUUAUUAUAACAAGUUGUACAAAAGGGGACUUACGAUUUUGAGUCUACAGCGAGAAUAGCAGCAACCGAAAACACAAAACAGUUCACAUACAAGAAUACAAACACACACACACGCACACACACAAAGACGCAUACACCUGCGUGCAUAAACCAUUCAUGAGCUAAACGGCUCGCAACUACAGACACAUGAACAGUAGAGGUGCGAACAGAGUUGUUAACACAGGGUACGAGAGAACAAAUGAAAACAAAAAAACUUUAAAAACGCCAAGAGUAUAAUUAGAAACAAGAAAAACAAAAGAAGAAUAAGGAAAGAAACUCGUCAAAAACGUGUCUAUUUAAAAAGAAAAUUGUCGUCAUUCGAAAACUAAGCAAACAAACAGUAGCAGUAGUGCAGUAACAGACUUUCGGAUAUUUUCGAACAAGUUCAACGAUGAUAAAGGAUGAGAGCAGAACGUAAAGAAGAAGCUUGGCAUUUGUCAAGUGAGGGGAAGAAGAGGUUUAAAUAGAACUAACAAAGGGACGCAUAGAAUCUUAUGAUAUUGACUAGUUUGUUUAAGAGGAGCUCUUUGUCCCAUUGUCUGUCGCUCCGUUUUGUUCCAUGUCAGGUGCCAAAAAGGGUGGAUCAACGAUAGUGAUCCACAAUUUGUUUCUUAUUUCAAUUUACUACAUUCACUGUACACUCCAAGCGACAUGUGUAUUCGUUUGUUUCUUUAUCGGUCUAUCAUCAUCUUCCAUAGUGAUCGGUUAGGGUCUUCCAGGCGCAUUACACUACCUUGGUGACCUUUGAAAUGUGUUCAUUCAUCGACCCAGGUCCCUAGACUAUACGUUUUAUCUAAUAGGGAGCUGAAACUCCACACCACGACUAGUUGGAAACCGUGCACCGUGUCUUAUGAGUACUCCAACCUAUCCUAUCGCAGCACGCACACUCGCACAAAGGUAGUAGCCGACUUUAGUAGAGUAAUUGUUUGAAUAUCUUUUCCAAGAAGAGAUCUGUUAAUCACCGAGACUAGUGGAAAGAAAGCUGAAAGGGUGGUAUUAUGUCACCAGUUAGGGUAGAGUGUGUGCCGAUUUGAGGUCAUUGACUUAGCAAAGAAAGAGUUUUUCCUAUAUCCCCAUCCAUCGUAGACGAAUGGGUGGGGCGUUGUUUGCGUUUUAGCACAAAUUUUCUCAUGUAACGUUUGAUCCGAUGAUGCACGUACAUACCCACGUAAACUCCGCAAUCUACCAGCAACAUACAAACAUGUUUCGUCCUAACAAAAGAAAGAAAGAAAAACAGUGAAAAGAAAAGUGAGCAGACUCGGUAGUGUUCUAUUUACUAUGAAGAAAAGAAAAACCACACACACAAAGCUAGUUUAAUUCAAAUAACAUAGAGAAAAAACAGCGGAAGCAUAGCUAUUUAGAAUGAGAAAGAUGCACACAAAAAGGACACAUUCACACAGUCUCCAUAGUCUAUAUAUAUAUAUAUACAUUAUAUAUAUAUUUGUAGAUAAGACACCGUUAACUUACCAAUAAAUUCGGAAACGUCCAU